UCAGAGCUUGGGCUGAAGGGGAUGUCACUUUAAUUGCUUACAAUGUUGUUUUGCCGAUUCGUAUAUUUAGACUUCUAGAACGACAGGCUAUCAAACAAACAACAAUUUUGUGUCCUUGAUAUACUCAACAAAAGACUUCAUGUUAGAUACGGACAUUCGAUCAACAUGAUGGUUCUGAGUUUUGCUGGGGGAAAACGAAGGUCAAACAACUUUACCGACGACUUCAAUUACUUCUGGAGCGUCAUCUUCAUCGCCAUACCCGCAGUCUUCUUUAUAGCUGUCCGAACUUUAUUCGUCCGGUCUGCUAUAACAUGUUAUAUUCCGGCACAUAUGACAAAUUCGCAUGCCUACUUCAUUCACCAAGCCUGCUGGCUGAACGACAAAUACCAGCCCAUUCUGGACACCACCCCAACUACAGACGACAAGCUGAUAAGUGAUGAACCACGCGUGACGUCGCCUCACGACUGGAUACCAUUCAUGCUGUUUAUUAUGUUACUUUUGUUUAGCAUUCCACAAGGUCUACGUCAUGUUGCUAAGCGAUAUUUUAACCCUAACAGAUCAACCCAUGACAGGAAGAUAACAGAAGGCGGGAAACAUGUUGCUGCGGAGAUCGCGGAAACUAUUUUCGAUUCUGCGUCACAGAACACACAGACAUUCUGUCUUCUAAUCAUCAAGGUCAUGAUCCUUGUCAACCUGGUUCUCCACUUUCUGUUCAUAAAGUUCCACUUCAGGGAUCAAAGUCGUGCCGCCACUUAUAACACAUCGGCAAAUGGUGUCGUUGAUAUUUCUUACACAGAUGAAGGUUUUCCCAAAACUGUUCUUUGCGAAACUUAUGUCCAAAUUCAUUCAACCCGUCAAGUGUAUACAUUAAUGUGUACGAUUGCUAUUAACAGCGUGUACGAGAACUAUUUUGUUUUGUUAAGUCUUUGGUUUGCCUUCGCUGCUAUUUUGUCCUUGAUUGGGUUCGUUUGUUACGUUACUUUUUGUUGCUAUGGAACUUACACGAAGACAGUCCUGUCACAAUAUGUACCCAAGGAAGAUUUGGAUACGAUAUUGAAGAAAGUUCAAAGAACAGACGGGCUAUUUCAGCUAUGGAGACUAUGUAGGAAUGAAGACGCGAGCCUGGUCCGAGACGUUUCCCAGCUGCUGCGCGAGAUUAUAAGAACGACACCUUCUGCUAGAUAUGAGAGCGAAGAACCAGCGGGGGAUAACUCUAUUCGACCACCAGAAAUAAUAAUAGAAACACCUGUUGAACAGUUUGAAGUAGAGGAACCAUCUAAGCUUGAAGUAUAGAUAAAGAAUAAUAUACUUCCAA